GCACCAACCCGGCCGCAGAAUUCAUGAAAAGGGGGCACAGUUCCUUUGAGAGAGAGAGAGAGAGAGAGAUAGAGAGAGAUGUCUCUGGAGUUCAGCUCAGUGCUGUUCACUACUACUUCUGGAGGCGGCGCCAGUGUUGCCGACUUCAAGCGUCUUCAUUUGCCGACAUGUACAGCAGCUAGGCCUUCUUCUCCGAGCGUCAGGGUGAGCGUGUCGUUUUCCUCAUCGACCGCGUCUUUCGGACGUUCCUUUAGCCGCAGGAGCAACAGUUCAUCAUCAUGCGUCGUCUGCAAGGCCAGCAAAGCUGUGGACCAAGUUAAAGAGGUGAAAGAAGCGGGGUGGCAAAGCCUGGUGAUAGGGUCCGAAACGCCGGUGCUGGUGGAGUUCUGGGCGCCGUGGUGCGGGCCGUGCAGGAUGAUAGCGCCGGUGGUGGAUGAGUUGGCCAAGGAGUACGCCGGCAAAAUUCGCUGCUACAAGCUCAACACCGACGAGUCCCCCAACGUCGCCAAGGAAUACGGCAUCAGAAGCAUCCCCACCGUCCUGUUCUUCAAGGAUGGCGAGCGCAAAGAGAACAUCAUCGGCGCUGUGCCCAAGUCUACUCUUGCCGCCAUGAUAGAAAAGUAUUUGGAGGCUUGAAGAAGAAGAAGAAGAAGUGAAAUACUAAAUACUUUGUUUUCAUUUAUAAUAAAUGAUAUAUAUGUGGAGGGAAAGGGAUUGGGAUUCUUCAUUUAUUAAUUACUCGUGUAAAUUUAAUUAAAGUACUGAUUAAUCCUUCA